AUGGAUACUAACAAAGAAUGUAUUUUUUGUGAUCUUCUUCAAACAAAAAAAGAAGUUAUUUUGAGGGAAAAUGAUGAUUUGGCUAUAAUAAAAGAUAUUAAACCACAUGCAAAACAUCAUUAUUUGGUAUUAUCAAAAAGACAUAUUGGUAAAAUUGGCGAUGUCAGUCCUUCUGACAUUGAUUUAAUCAAACAAAUGGAAUCUAUUGGAAGAGAAUUUCUUCGUUUAGCAUUAAAAUCUAAGGGUGAAGCAGAUAUUGUUGAAGAUAUGUUAAGAAUUGGGUUUCAUCAAUGGCCGUUACUAUCAGUUAAACAUUUACAUAUGCAUAUUCUCUAUCCAAUUAGUAGUAUGAAUAUAGCGACAAAACAUGUCUUAUAUAAACCUGGACGUUUUUUUAAACCUGUAACUGAAGUUUUGUUAGAAAUGCAGAAUGAAUUAUUAAAAAGUGAUAAUACAAGUCCUGCUGCUAAAGAAAUGAAAGCACAACAUAAAGCUAGUGUAAACCCUGAUGAGCUUGCUGAAGCUAUUACGGGAAAAGAUUAA